GGAGGGGCAGGGCCCCUGGGUUAGGAGUGGCAGGGGUCCCGGGCCAGGAUAGGGAAAUGGGCCUGGGCUGUGUAGCCAGUGCCCACUCUCAGGUAGGUGGUCGCACCCGCCCUCCCCAGACCCUGAUAGUGCAUGAGUUCCCCAGCAAGGGGCAGGGGCCUAGACCACCCUAGCUGCCCCAGAGGAAUGUGUGGCGAGAGAGGACCCUUCGGUCCCCCUCGAUCUCUCUGUGUCUCUGUCUCUGAAGCCCCCACCCCAAGUCCACUCGGGGAGCUUGGACUCCAGCUUUAUUGGCCUGGGCUGGACUGAUUGUGGGGACGGGUGGGGAUGAGGUGAACCGCUGAGCGGCGGGAUGGCCAUGUGAUUGCUGUCCCUGUCCCUGCACCUGGCGGGAUGGGGACAGGGGUGAGUUGGAAAGGGAGACCUAGAGAGAAGUACAGACACCUAGAGACGCCAGCCUGGUCCCAAGAGGCGUGGGCCCCAGGGGGCGGGUCCGGCCUAGGGGCAGGGCCACCGCUGGGUUAAAGGCAGCUCCUUCCCCUGGGCGCUGCUCUUGCAGCUGCGCCCGUGCUCACGCUGGGAUGGCCUGGUCGCUACUCCUGCUGUUCCUGCCCGUGCUGCUGCUCCAGGUCCCCGCGGCGGCGCGCGCGUCCCCGCUGGACACACUCCCCGAGGGCGCGGCCCCCUGUAAGGCUGGUAACCUGUGCCCACACGUGCCCCUUGGGAAGCCCCGCGCACCACCUGUCAACGUGAGCCUCUAUUAUGAGGCACUGUGCCCUGGCUGCCGGUCCUUCCUCGUCCGAGAGCUGUUCCCAACAUGGCUGAUGGUCCUGGAGAUCCUCAAUGUCACUCUGGUGCCCUAUGGAAAUGCCAAGGAACAGAAUGUCAGCGGCAAGUGGGAGUUCACGUGCCAGCAUGGGGAGGAGGAGUGCAAGUUAAACAAGGUGGAGGCCUGCCUGUUGGACCAGCUGACGUGGAACGCAGCCUUCCUAUCCAUUGUCUGCUUAGAGGAAAUGGAUGACAUGGAGAACAGUCUGAAGCCGUGCCUGCAGCUCUAUGCCCCAAAGGUGUCCCCAGACACCAUCAUGGAGUGCGCAAUGGGGGACCGCGGCACACAGCUCUUGCACAUGAAUGCCCAACUUACAGACGCUCUGCAGCCACCCCACGAGUAUGUGCCUUGGGUCGUCGUCAAUGGGAAACCUUUGGAAGACAUGAGCCAGCUCCUAACCGUCGUGUGCCAGUUGUACCAGGGUGAGAAGCCAGAUGUCUGCCCAUUCAUGGCCAGCUCCCACAGGGAUGUCUGCCUCAAGUGAUAGCCGUUGCCCUUGGAGGGAGCUGAUGGAGGAAGAAUGAGCUCCCACCCGCCUUCAUUUUUCUGAUCCCUGACUUAUCAGCUAUGGCUUAUCAUCUGGAUAACUUAUACAUUCCAUAAAAUCCAGACUCAACAUUUUGCCCCAAGAUCAAGAAUCUUACCCCACUGAGAAUGGUGCUACAUCGAAACUAGUUUAAUAAACGCUUCUAGAUGUUGUGACAAUAUCCCUCCAUUUCCCCACACCCCCAGCCUGUGACAACUGCUGUCCUUUUGUUUCUAUGAGUUUUACUUUUUUAGAUUCCAUAUAUAAGUAAGAUCAUAUAAUAUUUGU